CACGUUCCUGUUGCGCGGCCGCUUCACCUGUUCGCGUUAUAAAAUCAAUACCCUACUCGCGCAUACCCGCCAAUGGGAUAUAUCGCAAUAAUAACCAUACCCGAUACUGCGGACGCGGACGCGGCCGAGCUCAGUAGGUCCAGGUCUCCGGCGAAAUUCAGCGGUGCGCGCCGGCGUGCGCUACAGUCUGCGCGGUUCGCCGACCGAAUACUGUCGUCACUGUCGCGGGGUUCUGUGACAAUAAUAUUAUCGCACUCGUGUUGGAACGCGCGGUAGCCGUCCAUCCGGGUACGGCGCACUAUGCACUGCGGUCGCGAAACGAUACCGUCCGACGUCGCCACGACGGUAAUGCCGAUUCUCAACAUCCAGGAAAUAACCGAUAAAUUGCCGACCGACGCGUGAGUAACCCGCACAUAUUACCUAUUAUUCUAUACGCCUCGAUCAGAUCGAAUAAUCCAAAACAAAAAACGCAAUCGAAACAAUACAAUAUAUACGAUUGUAGUGUACGCUAAAAAACGAACAAAGUUGAUUGUGAGAUAAUUUAGUAGGUACAAACAGGUAGGCACUCGGAUUCUAUCACGCCCUGUAAAUAUGACGUACGCUAUAAUUAUAAUAUUAUACACGUUAUAUAGGUUUACGAGACCUUUAAUUUGUAAAUACGAACAGGUUCAAACAUUUAUUUGUUGAAACUGUUCAAGUUCGUUUCUCUGAAAAACAAAUAGAAUACAGGUUAAAUUGUGUUUCUCUUUAGAAUAGAUUGUAUACUAAGAGCUUUUAUAUUCAACUUCACUUGGUGUCUGGAUUCUGGAUGAAUGAAUGAAUGGAUCUUAAGGUCGAAUCUUGUAUUUGAAAUAAGGUACUGGUGGUGGUACAGUCCUCGACUUGGGAGGACGCAGGGGGACGGAAUCUACUAAUUGUUUAGAAAUGUUAGCGUAAACACAUCUACUACUAGUUUUACGCGGGACGGAAUUCAUUUUAAUUAAAAUGUUAACUUUAAACGCGUAUAAAACAAUUACUAAAUUAUAUAUAUAUAUAUGCUCAUCUUUUAUUUUUCCGAUUCGAGCAUUAUAAUGAGAGUGAUGUUGGUGAUAAUGUUAAGGAAGGGGUUACAACAAACUUCACACUAAAAUCACUGUUGUUAAUAGGAUUAACUAAUAUUUAAAAUUAAUAUCUAUAGUUUUAAAAUUCUGUUUGCAACAUAACAAGUAGAAACUCAUCAUGCAAAUUUUAAAAAUGAUUGUUCGUAAUUUAUAAACUGUAAAAAUAUAUAAAAUAUAAUAGUAAUUAAAAUUAUGUACCUGCAGUACCUAUAAUAAUACUGUGAAUUACAAAUUACAGAUGGUCUUUCAUUGGCAAAGUUAUAAACAAGACAAAAGUGCAAAAUUUGUCUGGUCGUAAUGGAAAAUAUUUCUACUUCGAAGUUGUAGAUACAACUUCGAAAAUCAAGUGUUGGGUUUACAACGAAGAAAUUCCGGCCUUUUAUUCGCAUUUGAAGGUGAACUCUAUAUUUAUAAAAUACGAACACUGCAUUACAUUUUUAAGAACAAAAUUCUAUUUUAGUUAAAAGUAGGAAAUAAUCGCUAAUUCACCAUUAAAACUAAUUAAAUAUAAUGAAAAACAACAAGUCAGCCAAAAUAUUAUAGUGUACUACUUAUACAUGCAGACAUCGUCAUUAUACGAAUUAUGUUUUGAUAUAGUACUAAUUUUCAGAUUAACAGUUUCUACAAGAUUCAAAAUGUCUGGGUGAAGAAGAAAACCAAUGUACCUACAAACCUAACAUACCAGCAUACGUGCCAUAUUAUUUUUCAAAACGAGACAGUAAUGCAUAAGAUGGACGAUUUGAUUAGAUCUUUAGAGAUCGUGAAUAAAGUUGAAACAGAAACAACAAUUGGUAAACAUAUAACUUAAAUUAAUGUUAAAAAUGAGUUGAUAUCUAAAACUGGUAAUACCAAAUUUACCAGAGCAAAUUUGUUUUAGGUCCAUUGGUAUUUGGAAUCAUAACUAUGAUUGGAGAUUUUCAAAAUCUUAAAUCGACGUUUGACAAGAAGAUUCUUAAAGUCAGAGAGAUAAUAAUUACAGACAAAAGCCGUACUAAUGUGCGAACACUUAAAUUUUAAUAUUUUAAUAUAAUAAAAUGUUGUUUAUGAAAUUAUUAUACACACUCCUCACAGUGAUGGGUGUUGUUAUAAUUCUAUAGAUACAUAUUUAAGUUCUCUUUUAUUUAUGUAUAAAUUAUAUAGAUUCAAAUAAAUAUUUGGGACGAAGAUUCUGUUCAUUUCUUGGGCCAGGUCGGAGACGUUAUACAGAUCAAAAAUGGAGUCAAGUUUAACGAUAUCGUUUCGAUUUAUAACUUCGAAAUCAAUUCUAAAUCCCAGCAAACAAGAUUGUUGAAAAUUUGGUACGAAGAUUACAAACAUCGCUCUGUAACUUAUAAUGGCCCAUGCAACGAAGAAGGUAUAUUUAAAUAUUAUAUAUUUACAUUAUUUUUUUAAUAUGAUAAUAGCUCAGUUAUUUUUAAAAUUGAUUUAAAUAUCAGAGUUUUAAUAUUAGCAUGAUACCCGAGAAUGAACAAAUUUCAGUGAACGUUUAGUGUUACAUAAAUUACAAUAAAUGGUUACAAUAUUAUCUCCAACUAUAGCGAAUUAUUACAAUUAUGUUUGAAUUAUUAAUCUAUAGGUUAAGAUAAUUUUGAAUUUAAUUCUUAAAAUCAUUACAAAUUUGAAGAGAAUAAUUUUUUCGAAAAAAAUAUAAAGCCUUUUCCUAUUGUCAUAAUUAAAAUAGGGGUAAUAAUUUCUAUUAAAAAUAUUGUUCAAAAAACUUACAACCAUAAAAUUUACCAUGAUAGAUGUGUUUGAGCAGUGCAAUUAUGCUAGGAAUAGGAGGCAUCUAUUGUUACCGUUGUAUACGCAUUUUAUAUCUAUUAAUAUCUAUUUAAUAAUUAUUUUUUUUUUUUAGAUUUAUGUGCAUGUGCAAGGAUUUUUCAACUAACUCGACAGUUUAAAGGGACUUUGCGUUCUCUAAGUCUUGAAGAUAUUCACCGUCAAAGAAUUUCGAUUUCUAGGUGUUUACUUAAGCCAUACGAAGAAAUUCAACAUUUGGAUCAAGAAAAAUUAAAAUUGGACUUGAAAAAAUUGGAUCUAAAAAUAAUGAGCCAAAUGACCAACGAAGAACUGGAUACUCUAUUACUUGUACGAGGACGAAAUCGGCGUCUACAAAAACUCACCGAAGUCAUUAAAUCUCAAAAUUUAAGUAAAGAGUGAUUUAAUUCACUUUAAAACAGUAGACAUUUUUGUAACCAUUUUGAAAGUUUAACCUUUAUAACUUUUGUAACUUAAACAUCAUAGUCCAGAUUAACUGGUUUAAUGUUAAAUAAUAUUUGACGUUACUCAAUAGGAAUUUGCUUACUCGGUAUUAUAGUGAUCAACUCUCACAAUUUCAAUCUUUUGAAACAUCGGUAUACGAACAGAAAAAUCUUUUAGAUGAACCAAUAAGUGAUACCAAUUAGAUAUGGGCGAUGAACUUUUUUUAAUUCGUUAAUUUGUUUACUCGAUACUGAACCACUUUAAAAACCACAAAUACCUAUAAUUAUAACAUGUUAGGUAUAUCAAUUUUGAUACCUACCUAUUUGACUAUGGUUUAUAUUUUUUUCACGCUAGUUAAUAACAUUACCAUUGUAAUCAUUGUAAUUGCUAUAAUGGAAUUUUAUUUAUAAUCAGGGUGAUUUAUGUGGAACUGGAGAAACUGCACCCUUCCAGAAAUUCUGAGAAAUGAAAUAAUUUAAAUAAAAGUAGGGCAGAUUUUGGGGCAUGUCAUGGUCAAUAGUAUUUAAUUUAUUUUUUAAAAAAAAGCUAUCAGGCUGAAAAAUUUUUUUGGAUACGCGCCUGUUUUGGAAUUGUGAUAAAACUUCCACCAUACAUUUAUUUCUAUUAUAGGCACGUAUUAUGCAGUGCCACCCAUUUCAUAUAUCUUAAUAACUAAUCAAAAAUCGUUAUUUAACAUUAAUAACUCAAGAACACUUGACAAGUUUUUAGAUACCUACAACCAUAUCAUUGGAAAAACAAAAAUAUAAAAUAUAUUGACUUAGGAAAAAUUUUAAUUAAAUUAGUAGGUAGGUACGUCAUAAUAUUAAAUUUCGAUGCAUUGUACUUUUUGGUAUCUAUCCAAUAAAAAAUUAUAACAUUUCAUCAUAUUAUAAUAUAAUUAAUAUUACUUAUAUCAAUAUCGAAAAUAUAAUAUUUUAAACAUAUAUCGAUUCAAUAAAACAUCAAUAAUAUAUUAUAAAUACUGGUACUUUUUUCAAUUAGUGUACGUAUAAAAUAUAAGGUUAGAUUUACAUCUAAUCAACUUAAAUGAUAAAAAAAAAAUUUAAUUUGAUCAACAUUAGGUAGGGAAAUAACUCAUGUUCCAGCUGGAUUCAACACUAAAAAUUCAUAUCAAAAUUAUAGUUUCAAGGGCACUUAUAGGGUAAUUUUCACAUAGGGAACAAAAUUAAACUAGAUUCCAAAACCUAUUUAUAUAUACUAUGGUAUACUAGGUUGCUAGGUUGUUAUUUCUUGAAAAGAAAUGAAGAAGAAAGGGUAAGCAAAUUAUAUAAACAUUAGCUUUAAAAAAACGACGACAAUGACGGAUGAUGAAGCUUAAUAGGCGAAAUGAUCUGCAGACAAGUCAAUGUAAAUUGAAAUCAACAAUUUUUCAAAUCAAAAUAAAUGAUAUUUAGACCCAAAAGCCAAACAAAACUGUAGGACUUGUGGUUGACGGAUUUCAAUUUUGAAAAAAAGAUUAUGAUUCCUUAUGUUCUUUACUAGGAUAUUUUGGAAUUAUUUUAAUUAUAAUUAUCAUAGAUAAGAGACAAAAUACUUUAUGUACAUUUUAAAAAAUACAACUAUUUUAUUUUACGAUAUACAGUAAAAUAAUUAAAUUUCCAUUUCCAACAUACCCUAGUAAAGAACCUAAAGAUUUAUUAUCUGUUUUCAAAAUUUAAAUCCGUCAAUCACGAGUCCUACAGUUUUGUUUGGAUUUUAAGUCUAAAUCGACUAAAAUACACACCGUCACCAAUUGCCUCAAGUGCAUAAGAC